UUCCUCAAAUUGGGAAAGUUAUAAUUCUCUUGUUAAUCGUUAUCAGUAUUCAUGUUCUCAUGAGGAUUCCAUGCAGCUUCAUGUACAGAUUUUUAAAAAUGGGUAUACUUAUGACGUGUUCUUGCUUAAUACCCUUGUCAAUAUUUAUGCAAGAAUCGGUGAUAUGGUAUAUGCACGUGAGGUGUUUGACGAAAUGCCUUUUAGGAACUCAAUUUCAUGGUCUUGCUUGAUAUCAGGGUAUACUCGAAACCGCAUGCCUAAUGAGACUUGUACCAGUUUCCGUGAAAUGAUUCGUGAGGGAUUCCAGCCUGUUCAUUAUGCUGUUGGUAGUGUUUUGAGAGCUUGCCAAGUUCUAGAAUCUCAUGGACUUAGAUUUGGGAUACAAGUUCAUGGGCUCGUUUCAAAAUCUUUGAAUGCUUUUCAUGAGGUGGUAUGUAAUGGGCUGCUUUCAAUGUAUGGGAAUUGUAUGGAUUCGGCUGAUUAUGCUUCUUGCGUUUUUGAUGAGAUGGAAAUUAGAAGUUUGGUGUCAUGGAAUUCCAUUAUUUCGGUUUAUUCUCAUAAGGGAGAUGCAGUUUCUGCUUUUAAGCUCUUAUCUGGUAUGCAAGCAGAGGGGUUGCGACCAACUGAGUAUACAUUUGGAAGCUUAAUAACAGCAGCUUCCUCUUUAUCUGAGAUCAACUCAUUUUUGCUUGACCAGGCUAUGUGCACGAUAGAAAAGUCUGGAUUUCUAUAUGACUUGUAUGUGGGAAGUGCUUUGGUGAGUGGGUUUGCUAGGUCUGGGAAAAUAACCAUAGCUAGGAAGAUCUUUGAAUUGAUGGAUGUGAGGAAUGUGGUUUCCAUGCAUGGACUGAUGGUUGGUUUAGCAAGACAAAAACAUGGAGAAGCAGCUGUUGAAGUUUUCCUGGGGAUGAAAGAUUUAGUUAAAUUAACAUCUGAUUCUUAUGCAAUACUUCUUAGUACUCUUAGUGAAUUCUCUAUAUUGGAGGAAGGGAGGAGAAAGGGUAGAGAAGUUCAUGCUUAUGUUAUCCGGAAUGGGUUAAGUGAUUCCAAUGUUGCUAUUGGAAACGGUCUGAUAAAUAUGUAUGCCAAAUGUGGCACAGUUACUGAUGCUGCUUCUGCUUUUAAACUUUUGAUGAACAAAGAUGACGUUUCAUGGAAUUCAAUUAUCACCGGCUUUGAUCAGAAUGCUUAUUUUAGAGAUGCAGUUAUGAUGUUUUGUGCAAUGAGGAGAAAUCAACUCAUGCCAGCAAAUUUCACACUGAUCAGUGCUUUGAGUUCAUGUGCUAGCUUAGGUUGGUUAAGGUUAGGAGAACAAAUACACUGUGAAGGGGUUAAGUUGGGACUUGAUACUGAUGUUUCAGUUUCAAAUUCUCUCAUUGACUUUUAUUCAGAGACGGAAUGUAUAAAUAACUGCAAGAAAGUGUUCUUAUUGAUGCAUGAAUAUGAUCAGGUUUCAUGGAAUUCCAUUAUUGGUGCAUUAUCUGAUUCUGAUCCUUUAGUUCCUGAAGCUGUUGAAUAUCUCAUGGAAAUGAUGCGAGGUGGGUGGCGCCCUAAUUUGAUAACCUUUGUAAAUAUCCUUGGAGCAGUGUCAUCUCUUUCCGUAUAUGAACUGGUGAGGCAGAUUCACGGAUUAACAGUAAAAUACCAUUUUGCUGGUGAUAAUGCGGUGGAAAAUGCAAUUCUCUCGUGUUAUGGUAAAUGUGGAUAUAUGGAUGACUGUGAGAAACUUUUUUCAAGGAUUGUUAGGAAGGACGAGACGAGUUGGAAUUCCAUGAUCUCUGGCUACAUUCAUAAUGAACUGUUAAAGAAGGCUAUGGACUUGGUCUCGCUUAUGCUAACAAAUGGCCAGAGACUAGAUUGCUUCACUUUCGCUACUGUUCUUAGCGCAUGCGCUUCAGUUGCUACAUUGGAGCGUGGCAUGGAAGUUCAUGCUUGUGGGAUUAGGGCUUAUGUGGACUCUGAUGUGGUGGUUGGAAGUGCACUAGUUGACAUGUACUCCAAAUGUGGAAGAAUUGACUACGCUUCGAGAUUAUUCACAUCAAUGCCUGUAAAAAAUGUCUAUUCUUGGAACUCGAUGAUAUCUGGAUAUGCUAGGCAUGGACAUGGAGAUAAAUCUCUAGAGACUUUCACAAAAAUGAAGCUACAAGGCCAACUUCCUGAUCAUGUGACCUUUGUUGGUGUUUUAUCAGCUUGUAGCCAUAUAGGUUUAGUUGAUCAAGGGUUUGAUCAUUUUAAUUCCAUGAGCAAAGUAUACGGACUAAAGCCUAAAAUGGAGCACUUUUCUUGUAUGGUGGACAUUCUUGGACGGGCUGGUGAGCUCGAUAAGAUGGAGGAGUUUCUAAACAAGAUGCCAAUGAACCCAAGUGUGCUUAUCUGGAGAACCGUACUUGGAGCUUGCUGCAGAGCAAAUGGUCAGCAACCAACUAACUUAGGUAAGAGGGCUGGCGAAAAGCUAUUGGAAUUGGAGCCUAAUAACGCAGUGAACUAUGUGCUUCUUUCUAACAUGUAUGCAUUCAGAGGUAAAUGGGAAGACAUGAAAAAGACUCGCUUAUCAAUGAAACUAGCAGCAGUGAAGAAGGAAGCUGGUUGUAGUUGGGUAACCAUGAAAGAUGGUGUUCAUGUUUUUGUAGCUUCAGAUAAAUCACACCCUGAUACAGAAGCAAUCUACGAAAAGCUCAAGGAGUUGCAAGGGAAAAUGAGGGAGAUGGGAUAUGUGCCUGAGAUUAGAUAUGCACUUCGUGAUCUUGAACUUGAGAACCAAGAGGAGAUCUUGAGCUACCAUAGCGAGAAACUUGCUGUUGCCUUUGUUCUUACGCGAAAAUCAGAAUUGCCCAUUAGAAUAAUGAAGAAUCUUCGGAUUUGUGGGGACUGUCAUACGGUGUUUAAGUAUGUUUCAAAGAUUGAGGGUCGGGUAAUAGUUGUGAGAGAUUCAAAUAGAUUCCACCACUUUGUUGAUGGUAACUGUUCUUGUGGGGAUUACUGGUAAUUGUAUCAGAUUUAUUACCUUGGAGGAUAUUAGCAUUGACAUAGUGAUUUCUUGCAUCCCAAGGAUUCAUGAAAUAUAUUAACACAAAAACUUGCUCGGAGGACGCAGGGCAUUGUUCGACCCAUUGUUCAUCACAGAGACAUAUGGUGUACGUUUCAAAGGGGAUAUCAUUCAUGAAUCUACAGUUAAGACAGAGGCAGAGAGGCGAUG